UUGUAUGGCCUUGCACACAUACACACAGUACAGAGAAAUGUAGACAGUAUAGGGAAACACUGCAGAACUGUACCACAACUUGUGUUUUUCUACUUGUAAGCAUUUGUUGCACCACAAGCUGAAAGAUUUACAGCAGCUGGUGGUGCCAAGAGCACAGCUAGGAGCCAACAGACAAAAUGUUCAUCAAAAAUGCCAACCGACGAAACCCCCGCCGCCACUAUGAAUUCUUUCAGCGCAGUCGAACCUACAGGGGGGAACCGCCGGCAGUGGCAGGAUUUCUCCUCUACCCGGACACUCCCGCUAAGAUGGAGACCACAUCACGAGAAGCUUUCUGCUUCAGAUCCGUCUCACAACAAGACAGAGGCAAAGGUGAUCAUAUCGCCCCGCACACACAACAGGGGUCUCACCGUUCUCAUCCCACAUCCUCAAGACAAACAGGAAGAGGAAACAGCAGCAGGGACGGGGAGCCAGGGGAGGACGAGCAAGAGGGCGACCAUGAUCAGACAGCAGUGACAAAUGAAUCAGACGUGACAGAGAUGCAGUCUCAGUAUCAGAAAGAUUUCCCUCCUCCGUCCUCCUGCCACAGGAGGCGAACACCUGCACUCCCACAGCCGGACAACAUCGGCAUCAACCCUGCCUUCAGGAUCGAAUUUAGCACCAUGCAGAGAGAGCAUUACCCCGUUUGGCCCAUGAUGGAUCCCAGGAGUGCUGGGAGGCUGAGAGAGAAAAAAUGAUGUCAAAAACAAUCAUGUUUAAAGUUAUUAUAUUCAAUCAGCUGGCUAUUGAACCCUAUCAAUCUCACACAUUUGUUUUUAUAAUCAGAUUCUUUAGUUGCUUUUGUUUACUCUGUUACAUCAGGGUUACUCAGGAGUCACUUCCUUUCAGACAAACUCCUUUCUCACAUUUAGCUUCGCCUCAUAUAACAUCUGAUGAAUUUCCCAGCAGCAGGUCAGUCUGAUGAGCUAAUAGACUGAUGAUGUGUCCAGGACACAGAGUCACAGGAUAAGACUUGAUAAUCUAAUGCUAACACCAGACCUUUUUUUUUUUUAAAAAAAUAAAUGACUUUAACAUUUCCUAUUGAUGACUUCAGGCAGACAUGCAGUCAGCUUGGGUGAAAACAACCCACCCAGUGACUCAUGGCUGAAACAUGAUGUGGGAAUCAAACAGCUGAGCUAGAUAACUUUUAAAUCAAACUAUGUAUGUUUAAAGAUAUGCUAUUCAGUAUAUGACUUUAUGCAUUUUUGUUCUGUUCUGACAGCAUUAAAAUGUAAGUUCAAACACAAAUGAGUGCUUUAGGAAAUAUCUGAACAUGUUUUAAUGGCAAAUGACAGACUUUUAGAAUCCAGAUUGGUGACCUUUGACAUUUGGCUGAAGCUUAAUAUGUUGGAUUACAAUUACAAAGCAAACCUACUAGUGGCAGAACAAUAUAUAAAAUACAAGAAAUUACAUUUAACUGCUUCUUUCAUCGAGCAAAAUUCAACCCAUAGUAACAGAAUAAAAUCUUAAUUUUUUAACCAGGAAGAUGAAAAGUGACACCAUUGUGUUAAAAUUAGUUUUGGUUUAUUUGGUUUUCUGCCCUUGUGUAUGGAGUCAGUGUUGCACAAAUCCUCAUCGGUGGCUUUUUACCCAGUAUGACACUUUAAAAAUCUUCAUCAGUAAAGCAUGUAUGACAUAGAGCAGUGGUUUUCAAACUGUUUGUGCCCAAGGCACUCCAAAGGGUGCCAAAAUCUCAAGGCACAAUAGACUCUAUAACCCGUGUCAUCACUCUUAUCAUGACAUGAAUGUUUGUUUUUAUUUACUUAUAUCAAAUAACAGCUGACAACCAACUUCACUCAUGGAAUAUUAAUUAACAAAAUGACUCAAGAAUUCAUGUUAAACAUUUUAAAAUCACACCAAAGCACCAUUAACACAUCCAUUUAAAAGGGAAAUAAUGUAGGAUAAAGUGAUGUGUCACACACUUAUAAUUCCCUCGCAUAAACGGCAACAAGAAGGUCCUGUGAAGGUUUUUUAAAUUAAAUUAAAAUCACAUUUUUUGGGUAGAGUUCGCCUCUUUAUUUGGAAAUGGGUGCACACAACAUACUGAUUAAAAAAAUAAUUCAUAACUCUUUGUAGAGGCGCAGUUGAAUAUUGCAAUAAUUAUGUGUGGCUGUCAGAAAAUCCCAUGGCACACCACUUGAGAACCACUGACACAGAGAGGCGACAUUGGUAAACUGCCUGUUUUAAAAAAUCUUACAGUGUUUCAACACUGUGAUAUUUAAGAUUUCAAAACAUAAAGUGAAUUGUUGUACUUAUGAAAAGAGACAAUGUGCAACAGAUACAAUCUGAUCUACUUUGUGCACUCUGUGGAUGGUAGUAAAAAUAAUGACAUUUUGUGUAUUCAGCUGCAGAUU